CAGAGGCACUUUGAGAGCUGCCACACUACCCGUGACCCCAACCAGCACCCGAAAUUUACCACACGAGUCUAACAAAUCACAUUUCGGAGACGUUACGGGUGAUUCCGCCUGCAUGUUAGCUGGAAAACGAUCACUACAAAAACAACUUCAACACGUUAUUAGGAGCAUGCUGAUUGCCGAGAAUACGCAAAAUAUCGCCAACUUUUAACCUCUAUCAACUUCGCCCGAUGCAGCUUCCGUAAACAUUGGUUCCACGUGACCCACAGUGACUGAUGAACGAGCACGUAUCGCAACGACCUUUCGUGAGCGCGCACGCUGGUUCCAUAGAAUAUUCUGGCUCUUCGACGGCUUCCGCAAGAGAGACACACCGUCCGGUAUGUUAUUGUAGGGGGUUUUCAUGCUUUGGUGAAUUGUGCUGACAUUCUCAACAGGUGCGAUGCAGCAGACGCUGACCCCUCACGUCUACUGGGCUCAGCGGCAUGAGGACAUCUACCUGCGAGUGGAGCUGAUUGAUGCGCAGAAUCUUGACAUCAGCGUGCAUGAUAAUGUCCUCAAAUUCAGGGCCCAGGGUCAUGGAGCAAGAGGACAGAAUGAUUAUGAGUUUAGUCUGCCGUUCCUUAAUGCUGUGAAGACAGAGGUGAGCCACAGGUCGACCCAGCGCCAGGUGAACAUCACAGUGCGUAAGCAGCUGAGUGGCUGGUGGGACAGACUCGCCCUACAGGAGAAGAAACCUAUUUUCCUGGCUCCUGACUUCGACCGCUGGAUGGACGAGUCUGACGCCGAGAUGGAGCUACGGGAGAAGUCUACGGAGCCGGUCGGCCCUCGGCGCCACGGAGCCGGUCGGCGCCGGUCAUAA